AUGUCGCGCGAGCUCGGCGCGCCUCGACGUCGGAGCGACCGCGGCGACCGCGCGCUGGUCGCUCGCGCGCCGGACCCGCCCGCUCCCGCGGACGCUCGGCGCGAUGACGCCGCUCGUUCGGGCCGGCCAGGGGGUGCGGGCGCGUCGACGUCUGCUGCUGCGUCGGGUGACGCGCCCAUGGCGGCCUUCUCCGCGGGUCGUCUGGUGGGACUCGACGGGCUCCUCUCGCUCUCAUGGGCGCUCGACGCGCUGCCGCACAAGGUGAAGGCCCGCAAGGAGAUCCAGGCGUGGCCCCUGAAGGUCAAGCUCGGCGCCGAGUACGACCUGGUCGCCAAGAAGUUCCAAGGCCACGCGGACUGCCACGACAGCCUCCUGGGCGGCGAGCUCUCCUUCGACAUCCUGCACAGCAACGUCGAGUACACCAAACGCUUCGACCUCGGCGAGGUGUCGUCCAUCGGCGUUCGCGCGAGGUGCGACCUCAGCAACCUGGGUUCCCCCGGGCGACGCGCGGACAGGGGGUGGGACGCGUCGCUCGGGUUCACGAUCGAGCCGAAGCGAACGCACGGGCCCCUCGGGGCGAACACGCGCGUGAGCAACACGCGAGGCAGCGGCUACGACAUCGUCACCGAGGUGCCCGUGUCGCAGCUGGUGUCGGCGGAGGUGUGCGGGCACCUGACGCUGCCGCUGCCGCGCGCGGAGUUUCACGCGCGCACGGGCGGCGGGGGCAGGCUGACGGUCGGCGAGGGCGGGCUGGGGAUGCACGUCGCGCAGAUCAACGCGGUGAUCGACCUCUGA